AAACACUGCUUUAUCGUUUGUUCUCUUGUGGGGGCAGCAUCGUAUCUAACCUCAAAAAUCCUGAAAUUGUUGAGUUUCUGUUGCUAAGCGAUGGCGAUCUUCAAAACAAAAAUAAACGGCGGGGGUGCAUUAGAUUUGACGAGCAAAAAAAUUUGACUUUGUCGUUCAUAUGUGUAACAUUUCGUUUCUGUAACUUUUCUUAAUUUUUUUUUUUUUCGUCAUAAAUGGGGGACGCAGAGGUGCGCCUGUGAAAAAUUUCUCAGUCGAGUCCUCUCAUCAGUAACUGAAAGAAAAUUAAAGAAAACUACAUUUGGUGUACAUUUGCAAAGGUUUCCGUUCAUCAAUAUGCAUCCACCAACAACUCUCAGAGGGAUCUUUCCAGAGCGUAAGGUUGUGCACAGGAAGAAUUUCAUCAAGGAGAACAUGAGGAGGAUCAAGCUGAUACAGGAGGAAAGUAACCAUAAUCAUCAUGUGGAGUCUGAACCGAAGAUCCUGAAUAAAACGCCCAUCCCUAAAGUCUCGCAGUCAAAGACGAACGUGUGUUUGAAGGUGGCCGAUUCUAAGGGGCUGACUGUAAAGAAACCUGGCAUACAGAAGUUGGAGAUUAAACCAUUGAAAGCAUGGGAUAACAAUGUUGAGGAUGAGAAGAUCGUGCACAGAGGUAUACAGACUGAGUCGAUGACGGAUAGUAUACAUACUAUAUACUCGACGGGGGUGAUCAAGUACGCUUCGAACUCUGUCACGCAUUCACCGCAUAGGCAUAAGAAGGAUAACAGGAAGAAGAAGAAUGAUCAGGGCUACGGGGACACCAAUCACGUCGUGCUGAACGACGAGAGGUUGAGUCCAGAGCCGAAGCUGGAUUACGUGAAGCAGAACGUGCACAGCGUACGCUCCAAGUGUCAGUCGAAGAAGGACAGUCAAACGGAUCCGACGAAGGCGCCGCCCACUUACAAGAAGGGCGUGGUUCCCAAGUACAUUAAGCAGAAGAAGGAGGGCUCAUCCAAUGACGACGUCGGAGACGUCGACUGUCCGGCGGGACACGUCCUGCUACCAGAGGACGAGCGAAAGGAGACUCUGCGAGUGCUCAGGGAGAGUUACGCGGAUAAGAUACAGGAGCUGAAUUCGAUGCCGGUGCGGAGCGACACGUUGCGCAUGCAGAGGCGUAAGAUGGAGCUCGAGGAGGAGCUCAAGAAGAUCGACGAGGGUAUCAAAGUGUUCCAAAGGCCGAAAGUCUUUGUUAAAAUCAACGUGUGAUGUGAUAAAUUAAUAUGUAAUAUAAAUA